AUGGGCCCGUCAUCCGUGGGUGCUGAUGAGGACGAUGACGGGAGUGGUCAAGUCGACGAUGUGGAGCUGGUGCGGCGCCUUUCGCGGCCCGCGACGGGUGCGCACGAAGUGCGGAGGGUACGGCCGAAACUGACGGUGAGACCAGGCAGGUCCCCUCAUCCGAAGGGCACCCGCCGGUCGUCGAAGGGGUUCAGGGCGCCGCGCCAGGCCACUUUUGCGCACGCGGCGGCCGCCGCGAACGCCGUGGACUCCCUCGUGACGAACUCCGUGGGCGGCGUGGACGUGCCCGCCUGCGAGGCGGCCCUCGAGGAGUUGCGGGCCGCGUGCGAGGGCCUCGCGGGGGCGUUUGCCACUGCGCCGCCGGCGACGGACACCGCGCGGGAGACGCCUCCCGUCCAGGCCGCGCUCGACGCGUCCGCGGCCGAGAUCGGCUAG